AAAUAUAUCAUGACAAAGGUUUCUUUUAUUUUUGUAGCAAUUGCGCUUACUUUUUCUGCUAAUGUGCUCUGCCAAACUGAAGCAACCUAUGCCGUAAGCUCUUCUGCUCCCGGAUACAAUGUUCAAGGAAAGGUUGUCAAGACAAAGGCUGGUCUACAAAUUCCUCUCGGUCUUAACACCAAAUCUAAAAAGGGUAUUGACAGCUUUGGUAAAACCAUUGAUGACCUUGUUGUCGAUGUUGAAUAUGAAACUGAAGAAAGACUUCAUGUCAAGAUCUCGGAUAAAGCAAAGAAGCAAGUUCUUGUACCUGACUCUCCAUUAGGUUUUGAGAGACCCAAGAUCUCUCACUACAGCUCUUCUAAAAAGGCUAAUUAUGAUUUCCAAUAUACCGCUAAACCUUUCAGUUUCAAGGUUGUCCGUAAGGCUGACAAGGUGGCUGUCUUCGAUACUGCCAAAUUGCCCUUGGUCUUUGAGGAUCAAUACCUCGAGAUCUCAACACAUGUACCCAAGAAUGCCAAUAUCUAUGGUUUCGGUGAGGUCACUGCUCCUUUCAGACGUACUACUAAUGUCACUACUCUUUUCAAUCGUGAUAACGCUGAUGACAUGUAUCGUAACAUUUAUGGCUCUCAUCCCUUCUACACUGAAAUCCGUAAUGGAAAGGCCCAUGCUGCUUUAUUGAUGUCCAGUCACGGUAUGGAUAUCAUCACCACCGAAGGUCGUAUCACCUACAAGGUCAUUGGUGGUGUUCUUGACUUUUACUUUUUUGUUCCCAAAUCAGGCAAACCCAAUGAUGUUAGUAUUGCCUAUACAGACUUAAUUGGUAAGCCCAUGAUGCCUGCACAUUGGAUGUUGGGUUGGCAACAUUGUCGUUACGGCUACAAAGAUAUUGACACUGUAGAAACCGUUGUAAGAAAAUACAAGGAAGCUAAUAUCCCACUCCAAACUGCUUGGAUCGAUAUUGAUUAUAUGGAUCAAACCAAAGAUUUCACUGUUGAUAAUGUCAAUUUCCCUCUUGAUCGUUUAAUUGAUUUCGGUAAAAACCUCCAUGAAAACAAGCAACACUAUGUGAUGAUGGUGGAUCCUGCUAUCAGUGCCAACACGACCUAUGAGCCUUAUACCCGUGGUGUCGAAAUGGACGUCUUUAUCAAGAACCCCGAUGGUUCGGACUUUAUUGGUAUGGUCUGGCCCGGCUAUACUGUUUUCCCCGAUUGGUGGCAUCCCAAUGCUACCGAAUACUGGACCAAAGAAAUCGUAGACUGGGUCAGCUUGAUUGGUUUGGACGGUCUCUGGAUCGAUAUGAACGAGCCCGCUAGUUUCUGUUUAGGCUCUUGUGGUUCCGGUAAGAUCGAUGCUGGUAACCAACCUUACCGUUGGACUUUACCUGAGGAUGUGCAAGCCAAGAACCAUGCCGAUCAAGAAGCUGCUUUGAUCAAGAUGGGUAAUCCCAAGGGAGAUAACCGUAAUUUAUUGUACCCCAAGUAUGCUAUCAACAGUGGUAGUGGUAAUCUUUCUGAAGUCACAGUUGCAAUGACGGCCCUUCAUCAUGGUGGUAUUGCUCAUUAUGAUAUUCAUAAUAUUUAUGGUCAUGCCGAGUCUUAUAUCACUCGUAACGCAAUGAUUAAGCAAAACAGCGAGGUUCGUCCUUUUGUCUUGUCUCGUUCUACUUUCACUGGUUCUGGCAAAUACGUUGGUCAUUGGACCGGUGAUAACCACUCCUUAUGGAACUACUUGAAGGUCUCCAUCGCUACCGUCUUUAGCAUGCAAUUAUUUGGUGUCAGUUACUCUGGUGCCGAUGUCUGUGGUUUCAAUUCCAACACCACUGAAGAAUUAUGUACCAGAUGGCAGGCCGUUGGCUCCUUCUAUCCAUUUGCCAGAAACCAUAAUGCUAUUGGUAACGCCGAUCAAGAGCCUUAUCUCUGGGAGACCACAGCUGAAGCAUCCCGUCGUGCUCUUAGUGUCCGAUAUGCUUUACUUCCUUACAUCUACACUGUCUUUGAGGAAUCCAACACAUUGGGUACUGGUGUCUGGCGUUCUCUUUUCUUCGAAUACCCUGAAUUCAACACCCUUGCCGAGAACGAUGUUCAAAUCUUGAUCGGUACUGAUAUUUUACUCACACCUGUUGUAGACGAAGGCAAGUUGGAAGUCGAUGGACAAUUCCCCAAGGGUAUCUGGUACGAUUGGUACAAUUAUGAUGCUAUCAAGGUUUCCAAGGGAGUCAAGACUGUCACUUUGGAUGCUCCUUUGGUUCAUAUCCCAGUCCACAUCCGUGGUGGUGCCAUUGUUCCCACCAAGACACCCAAGUAUACUGUCGGCGAGACCUUUGAAACCGAUUAUAACCUUGUGAUUGCUCUUGAUGCCAAGAACCAGGCUACUGGUAGACUCUAUAUUGAUGAUGGUAGCUCUUUGGAAGUUAAGCAUGCUUCUGAUAUCACUUUUGAUUACAAGAAGGGCAAGUUGACUGCAUCUGGAAAGUUCAAAUAUGAUCAAGCAGAAAAGAUUGGUUCCAUCACAAUUAUUGGUGAAGGUGCUGCUAAACUUUCUACUGUGACCAUUGGCAAGAAGAAGGGCAUUAAGUUGUCUAAGAAGAAGGGUGCUGUCGUGCUUGAGAAUGCUGAUAUUAGCUUGACAAGUGCUUUCACUGUUACAUUCAAGUAGACAAACAAAACUAUAACAUGACU